AGGAGCGAGACGACGACAUCAAGACGCUGCGAGAAAGAACGAGCUGCAAGAUUUAGUGACGUGUGUGUUGUGUCAUUCGUUAAUUUGCCCCCGCGCAACGGAGUUUCCGGAAGCAUUUCGGCUUUGUUAGCCAUUUUGUUUUAUUGUCAUUCUAUUGUUUUAUUGCGUGUUAACGUAUUUAAGAAUUUUGGAGUUCAUAUUGUUAAAAAUACUGUUUCAACUGUUUAAAUUUAAUAGUUCUAUUGCAAAUUUGUUACUGACGUAUUUGGGUGGUUUCAAUAAUGGAGCAAGGAAGCGAUUUAAAAGGCCUGGUGGCCUCCCGAGGCCAUGUAAAGAGUUCCAUAACUCGCAUGUAUAAUUACGCACGGGAAUUACAAUCGGCGCCAGAUUCAAAUGAUGAGAAAACGGAAAACGUGUUCGAGGUUGAAGGCCGAUAUUAUGACACCAUAACCGGGCAGCAGCUCUCGAGACCCUCGGAGAAAGCGCGCCAGCAUCUUCUGUGCGCCGCAACAGCCUAGUAGCUUCAAAAAAUAAUGCUAAUAAAAAUAAUAAUGAUAUCAUAAAGCCCAUUAACUGUAAGUAUUGCAACUCACACAGUCAUAAACUGCAUCAAUGUCCAAGUUUCAAGCUUGCUGAGCCCACUAAACGUAACGAGUUUGUUUGCAAACAUAAAUUAUGUAAAAUAUGUCUUAAUGAGCACCUAAAUAAAAAAUGUUUUUUCACUUUUAAUUGUGCUAAAUGCAAGGGUACGCACAACACUUUGUUGCAUGAGGAUGUUCCUCAAAGCAGUGAGCAGAAAGUCAGCUUAUUAGCUAAUAAAAAUGAUAAUGUUUUAUUGCCCACAGUUAGGGUUAAAUUAUAUAAUAAGGACGGGCUGCCAAUUUACGCACGUGCUUUACUUGACUCAGGGAGCCAAGUCUCAUUUGUUUCUUCUGAUCUUGCUGAUCAAAUAGGUUGUAAGUUACAGCCUACUAAUGUUAAGGUUACAGGUGUGUGUGAUGGUUCAAAUAUUUCAACACAACAGACCACAUUAGACAUCAAUUCUACUACAAACGAUUUUAAAAUGUCAUUGACUUGCCAUGUAGUAAAAAAUAUUACAUCUGACAUGCCACAAUUUUUGGUACAAAAACAUAAAUAUCAUUUUCCAUCCUAUGUUAGGCUGGCAGAUAAUGACUUUGAUACUUGUGACAAGAUUAGCAUUCUCCUAGGUUGCGACAUAUUUUUUCAGGUUCUACUUCGUGACCAGAUUCCGGUUGUGCCUGGGAAGCUAUUCCUGCAAAACACACGCUUCGGCUUUGUGGUCGCCGGGAGGGUUCCUGCCUACGCACCUACAUCUUCAUGCUUGGCUUCUAACUUUUGCACAACGCAAUCUAACCUCUCUGGCACAAGUAACGAGUUUAUUCAACCUCAUUGUCACUUAGACAAAAUUGUUUCGCAGUUCUGGCAAACAGAAAAAGUACCUGAAGUUUAUACUGAAGGGGAAACUGAACAACAGUUAACUGAACAAAUAUUUAAAGAGUCUGUUGUUUUACAUGAUGACAAGUUUGAGGUGGCUUUACCUCUCAAACAAGAUAUUAAUAAAUUGCAUUUGGGUAAUUCUCUUUCAUGUGCAUUGAAACGAUUUCAUAACUUGGAAUUAAGAUUUAAAAAGGAUGACACUUUAUUUAAAAACUAUAAAGCAUUUAUUGAUGAAUAUGUAGAUUUAGGCCAUGCCAAAUAUAUAGAUGUGUCUGAAUAUGAUUUGGAAGAACAGGCAGUGUUCUUUUUGCCUCAUCAUCCAGUUUUCAAUGAAAACAGUUUAACUACACAAUUAAGAGUAGUAUUUGAUGGUUCAAUGCAAAGUUUGUCUAAAAUUUCACUUAAUGAUGUCUUAUUAAAUGGGCCUGUUGUGCAGAAUGAUCUAUUUAGCAUUCUUAUAUUGUUUAGACUUUACAAGUAUAUUUUAAAUUGUGACAUGACAAAAAAUGUUCAGAUGUAUAAACGUGACACCAUCACACCGCCAAUUGCAAACAUAUUGUGGAGGCCGGCUUCAGACAGUGCUAUACAGUGUCUGCAACUUCAGACUGUCACCUAUGGUCUAAAAAGCUCCUCAUAUUUAGCCACGCGUUGUUUGGUUGAGUUAGCUAACCGGUAUAGGGAUCAGUUUUGCCUGGCUUCCGAUGCACUAUUGCAUAAAACGUAUGUUGAUGACAUUUGCUUAUCUGAUAAUGACUUAGGUCAACUUAUAAAAACAAGGGACGAACUUAUUCAAUUGUUAAAAAAAGGUGGCUUUUCACUGCAUAAAUGGUGUGCAAAUAAUAAUUCAUUGUUACAGGACUUACCAUUGUUUAAUGAUUGUUCAAAAAUUGAUAAAAUGAAAAGAAUUGUUGCAUAUAUCUUUACAUUUGUUAAAAAUUGUAAAAGUAAGAAAGAGGAUAGGAUAUGUGGUAAUUUAAUGCCUAAAGAGUUGGACUUUGCUUUAAAAAUCAUUCUUAAAAAUGAACACAGAAAGUUUUUCAGUCAAGAAAUUAAUGUUUUAAAAUCUAAACAACCUUUAUUGAAGUCCAAUCUUAAAGCGUUAAAUCCCUUUCUUGAUAACAUGGAUAUACUCCGUGUAGGAGGUAGGCUCCAUUAUGCUGAUAUUCCAUAUUCAAAAAAGCAUCCCAUUAUAUUGCCUAAAGGUUCUAAAAUAGUUCAUUAUUUAAUUAAAAAGGAACAUGGAAUAUUAUUGCAUGCUGGACCCAAGCUUGUUUUGACUAAUUUAAGUCAAAUUUACCACAUUGUAAAUGGUAUAAGAGAAGUUAAGCAUGUCUUGCAUAAAUGUUUAAUUUGUUUUAAGUUAAAGGCUAAGAAUGCUGAACAACUUAUGGGUUCACUUCCAUCUGACAGGGUCAACCCUUGUAGAGUUUUUGAAAAAGUAGGUAUUGACUAUGGGGGCCCAUUUAAUGUAAAAAUGUUACGUGUUAGAAAGCCAGUUAUACAAAAGGCAUACAUACUUAUUUUUGUUUGUUUCAUAACAAAAGCUAUUCAUGUAGAAUUAUGUACUGAUUUAACUACAGAUUGUUUUCCAAAUGCUCUUAAGAGAUUUAUUUCUCGAAGGAAUAAACCUUCUAUUAUAUAUUGUGAUAACGCUAGUACCUUUAAGUGGCACAAACAAUAUAUCAUUCAAUUACAAAGUAGGCCUAAAUGGAGAAAUGUUUGUUAUAAUAUUAAGGUUGGCUCUUUAGUCAUAGUUAAAGAGGACAAUGUAGCCCCACUGUUGUGGCCUAUGGCUAGAGUAGUAGAUGUUUUUCCCGGGGCUGAUGGCAAAGUGAGAGCACUUUCCAUUAAAACUUGUAAAGGUUCUAUAGUGAAAACUAGUAUUCACAAAGUAUGUAUCUUACCUAUAGAUAAUGAGUAAGAAUAAUUUUAAGUUUAAAACAAAAAGAACAAAUAAUUUAUUUUCAAGUUUAUAUUAAAAACUAGUUGCUUAUUUUUCAUCAUAAUUAAAAAAAAAAACAAUUUUGUUCAUCUUUUUACUUAAUUUAAACGUUUGUACUUUUUAAUCUUUGUUCUUUUUGCCGUGUUGCGGAAUAUGUGUAGUACACACUAAAAUUUAUUUUAUUAUGGCAACACCGAAUUCCAUUCCUCCUUCUACCCUUUAACCAUCAUGGCGAUGGGUGUUGCAUUUUCCACUUUUUGUAAAAUUUAAUUAAUACAGUCCAUUUCUAAAUAUUCAA